UUACAAAGCCCAGCUCAUAACAGCUGUUGCGACUUCUCAGGCAUAUCGAUAGUAGCAUAUGAAACGUUGUGCAGCACAGGUGAUUCCAACACAAUAACAUUUUAUGAAGUUUUCUGUCAUUAAUUUCGUUAUCAAACCAUAUAAAAUUAUUAGUACGUUUAGUCACACGAAUAUGUAUUUAUACAAUAACAUUGUUAUCAGCUCGAUAUGCUAGAAGUCAUAAAUGUUUUAAAAUUUCAACAAAUCGAUAAGUAGCGCCUAUCCGCUUGUUGCACAGCACUAUUCAUUUUAGCGUUUAUCAACUCUUAAGAAUUUGCAGACAGUAAAUAAUAUUAGAGAACAACUAGGCAGAAAAAAUUAUUAAUUAAAACAAAACAUGUCGUCGACCGAACUGGAAAUCCAACAGAAAUCUACGGAUAAUCAGCAGGAAGAAGUGCCCAAUGCAGAGAUUACCGCCACCAAAAACGAUUCAGUGCCGGAAGCAGGACAACAAGAUUUUGCCGCUGCUGAGCAGUGCAAAAAUAAGGGAAAUGAUUUGCUCAAAACCAAGGAAUUUUCGAAAGCCAUUGACAUGUAUUCCAAAGCCAUCGAACUAUACCCCAGCAGUGCAAUCUACUAUGCUAAUCGGGCGCUGGCGCAUUUGCGUCAGGAAAACUUCGGUCUGGCUCUGCAGGACGGCGUUUCUGCAGUCAAAACGGAUCCAAGCUACUUGAAGGGCUAUUAUCGGCGUGCAGCAGCUCACAUGUCCCUUGGCAAGUUCAAGCUGGCGCUAUCGGAUUUUGAAUACGUGGCCAAAUGCAGGCCCAAUGAUAAAGACGCUAAGCUAAAAUUUACCGAGUGCAGUAAAAUUGUGAAAAUGCGCGCCUUUGAGCGUGCUAUUGCAGUUGACAAGCCCGAGAAGACUCUCUCUGAAAUGUUCAGAGAUUUAGAGAACAUCACCAUUGAGGACGACUACAAGGGACCACAACUGGAGGAUGGUAAGGUUACUUUACAGUUCAUGAAAGACCUUAUGGAACACUAUAAGGCACAAAAGAGACUGCAUCGCAAAUUCGCCUAUAAGAUACUCUGUGACAUUGAUGUAUACAUGCGUGCACAACCGUCCCUGGUGGAUAUUAAGGUCCCAGAUGAGGAGAAGUUUACAAUUUGUGGCGAUAUUCAUGGCCAGUUCUAUGAUUUGAUGAACAUCUUUGAUAUAAACGGACUGCCAUCUGAAAAGAAUCCGUAUUUGUUUAACGGUGAUUUUGUCGAUAGAGGUUCAUUCUCUGUAGAAUGUAUAUUCACGCUGCUCGGCUUCAAGUUGCUGUAUCCCAACCAUUUCUUCUUGUCGCGCGGCAAUCACGAGAGCAUCAACAUGAAUCAAAUGUAUGGAUUUACGGGUGAGGUGACCGCCAAGUAUACUAGCACAAUGGCGGAUAUAUUUACGCAAGUAUUUAACUGGUUGCCGUUAUGCCAUUGCAUCAAUCAGAAGAUCCUGGUAAUGCAUGGUGGUCUCUUCUCGUCAAACAAUGUUACAUUGGAUAAAAUACGACGCAUUGAGCGCAACUGUCAACCACCAGAGGAGGGACUGAUGUGCGAGCUGUUGUGGUCCGAUCCGCAGCAAUGGAUGGGCCGUGGGCCAUCGAAGCGCGGCGUAGGCAUACAGUUCGGCCCGGACGUAACUGAAUCAUUCUGUGACCUCAACAAUUUGGACUACAUCAUUCGCAGUCAUGAGGUUAAAGAUAUGGGCUACGAGGUAGCCCACGAUGGUCAAUGUAUAACUGUCUUCUCAGCGCCAAACUAUUGUGAUACUAUGGGCAACAUGGGCGCAUUUAUAACAAUAACUGGUAACAAUUUAAAACCAAAUUUCAGAUCCUUUGAGGCUGUGCCACAUCCUGAUGUCAAGCCAAUGGCAUAUGCCAAUAGUCUAAUGAACUGGCUGGCGUAGUCAUAGCAAUCUGCUUCCUAUGCAUAUAACAAUAGCUAAGCACACUAUAAACUUCCCACAACCCCGGCCCACGCUUUAGAACCCACAAUCGCAUUAUAACGAACAAAACACACGGAUUCUUAAAUGCUCAAUAUACCUUUGUGCACACAGCUUGCCAGUUAUUCUACAA